AUGCCUCAUGAUCGUCUGACGAGGCAGCAGGCUGAGGAGAAGUAUAAAGACCUCAUCCUCGCCUGGAAGAGAGGCGAGAAUCCGCGGCCCAGCCGAUCGGGGCGUCUUCCAAAGGAGGUGGAAAAAAUCAGGGAUGCAAUAUUCAAAGAAAGAGUGGCGGUUGCGAAACGCAAUAAUUGGUUCGCGAAGAAGAGCGAAGGUGAGAUCUAG